GUCCACUCACACAAGCACAUACAUAAAAAGAGACUAGACUUAAAUUUUAUAGUGGUGUUGUUGUUGUAGUAGUGUUUUUGCACUUCAAUUAGAGUUUCAACAAUGAAUUGUUUCCUUUUGUUGUUCUCCAUCUUGUUCUUCUUUUUCUGUAUUAAUGUUGCAGAGCCAAGACCGAUCAUUGGGCUCGCCGGAGAUGAUCCGAAGGAAGCUGACUUGAUUCAAAAGUUGCCCGGCCAGCCACCGGUUAACUUCAGUCAGUAUGCUGGUUAUGUGACUGCUAAUGAGGCCAAUGGCAGGGCACUCUUCUACUGGUUCUUUGAGGCCAUGGAUAAUGUCACUGCCAGACCUCUUGUUCUUUGGCUCAAUGGAGGACCUGGUUGUUCAUCUAUUGGCUUUGGAGAAGCCCAGGAGCUUGGACCUUUCCUAGUGCAAAAGGAUGUGCCUAAACUGAGUUUCAAUAACUACUCUUGGAACAAUGAGGCCAAUUUGUUGUUUCUUGAGUCACCAGUUGGUGUUGGAUUCUCUUAUACAAACACCAGCUCUGAUUUGGAUCAACUUGGUGAUGCAAUUACUGCAACCGAUGCAUACAACGCCCUGUUGAGCUGGUUCAACCGUUUUCCUGAGUUCAAAUCUCAUGACUUUUACCUUACCGGAGAAAGUUAUGCAGGACAUUACGUUCCCCAACUCGCCGAAAAAAUAUUCGACUCAAACAAGAAUGCAACAAAAGAGAAUAUCAUCAACCUCAAAGGUUUCAUGAUAGGGAAUGCACUGAUGGAUGAUGAUACAGACACUGCUGGAAUAGUAGAUUAUGCAUGGCACCAUGCCAUUAUCUCUGAUGAGGUAUACCAAGACAUCAAAACUAAAUGCAAUUACAGCGCCAUAGAGGUGAAUGACGACAUGUGUGACGGCUCAAUGAAUGAAUUAUUCGAAGCAUACGCCCCUAUCGAUAUUUACAGCCUUUACACUCCAGUAUGCACCGGAUCAUCAUCCUCGAACAAGAUCAGUACUAGAGAUUUUCCAAAGUCCUUUCCCACAUAUGUAAACUCCUUUCACUUAAUUUUGCCAUGAUCUAUACUGAUUACUUAGUAAAUUCCUAACUUGAUCAUGCCGGUUUUCUUCGUAUUUUUUUUUCAGAAAAAGAUUCAUAGAAACCUUGCAGGUUAUGAUCCAUGUGCCAGAGCUUAUGCCGAAAAAUACUUUAAUCGUCCAGAUGUUCAACAAGCUUUGCAUGCCACUGUUAAGUUAUCAUACCCAUGGUCUGCUUGCAGUAAUGCAAUUGAAAAUUGGAAUGAUUCACCGAACACAAUGUUGCCAGUAAUCACCAAGCUAAUUGAAGGAGGCCUAAGAGUUUGGGUUUACAGUGGAGAUACUGAUGGAAGAAUGCCAGUGACUUCAACAAGAUAUACACUGAAAAAACUUGGAUUGAAUUCAACCACAGCAUGGUCUGCUUGGUACACUGAUGGUGGACAGGUUGGUGGGUGGACUAUGGAUUAUAAGGGGUUGACUUUUGCAACAGUUCGCGGAGCUGGUCAUCAAGUUCCAACCUUUGCCCCAAGACAAUCUCUUCAGCUUCUUCAUUACUUCUUAUUGAACGAAUCUCUGCCUCGACAAGCUUUUUGACUAAAUAAUUUGAUAUAAGUAUCAAGGAUGGUCUUUUUCUUCUUUCUUCUUCUUUUUAACCAAAAAUUAAGAAAGUUUCUAUGUUGUUGGAUUUAUUUCCAUUACUGGUUUAAGAUUUUAAUAAUACAGUAAUGCCUUAUCUUUCUUUCUUACCUUUUUUUUUAAAUAUAUGCACAUAAAAUGAAAUCAUUUAAGAGCCUAAUUUCAACUAGAAUUCAUGGUUAAGGAUUUGAAUAGAACUACAAUGUUGUAACUUCUAAUUUAAAUCAUACUCCAAAGUGACAGACUUUAAUUGUGAAAGGCAUUAAGCCGACAGCGAAAACAAAGAGACAGCA